GAAGUAAAAAUGCUUGUAUGGAUGUCAACCCCAAUACAUGUUCAUGUCAUCAAUCAACUGCAUUACAGGUAAAAACUACUUUGACGACCACCUCUGAUUUCUGUAUGCUGGUGUGUGUGUGUGCCAAUCCAGCGUCCUUCUAUCCCCCACGGUCUUCAUUCCAAUGACCUCUUCACCCUUCUAUCCCCAUUACCUCCCUGAUCUCUUUCCAGGAGUUCAAACUCAUUUUUGUGUCUUAGAAAUCCCUAGACAAGGUAUCAUAAUUAUGUUGUUUUAUUUGUUAACUUGUUCUGAUAGCCUGUCGUCAAAAGUUCUCCAUGUUUGUUGUCAAGGAAGUAAAUUUGUGUUUAUACAGGAUGUACCCCCCCACCUACCAUCAACCAAUCAUGUCAAUCCGGAGCUAUAUGGAGCUAUACGGAUCCCUUCGCAUUGUUACCAAUUUGGGAGGCGCACGGCAUUGCCAUACGGAGCUCGAUUUGGCCUCAUCGAGCCUCCAGAGGCACUGCAGAUCAAGCUUAAAUUGGCUUUAGGCUGAAACAAGGCUUAAAACUAAUUUAUGCUUGCUCCAGCAAUAUGAGCUGGAGGCCCCGUAUGACGCAAUGGCGGUGGCUCUGGAGGCCAACUCGAUCUCCGUACUGCAUCUCCGUGCACCUUGACGAAAGGUGAGGGCUGGAUGUCCUGCAUAAACACAAACUCACUUCCUUGACAACUUCCUUCACAACAGCUCUACUCUGCACCACGAAGUGAUGUAUGGCCACGGCAGAUGUCGGGUUGACCAUGCAGAGCCUUUUAGUUGUAUGUACAUGCUUGUGUUUAGGCAGAGUCAGAGUUUUUAGAGCUAAGUGCACUUUUUGGCUAGGCUACAGAUGGAUUAAUACUUAAUUGUUCCGUUUUUUUUAAUAGAAAAUAUUGAUUACUUUUUACUAACUUGCUGUAGUUGAUAUUUUCUACAAUUACUAAUAUCUAAAUAUCUGAAUUACAGAUUUAAAAUUUGAAACAAAAAAAUGAUUUUUUUUUCCAGAAAUAUUUGUCAUAUAUUUUACCAUAUUUUACCAGACAUUGUAAAUAAUGAUACCCUAAACAAGCCACGGCUUAUUGUAUAUUGGAGAAUUCCAUAAUGGGGGAUGUCUGUAAAACCCAUACCUUCAGGUAUGUACAGUUAUGUUGAUGAGUGUCACCUAUGUCAUCUACAGGAAAUGUAAACCAUAAAACUAUUUCUUAUUUUUCCCUACAAUUUUCAUUCUCAGAAAAGACAUCCGGUAUGUAUUAUUCGAGGAGUUAAUGAUCAUAAUGAUGAUGAUGAUGAUGAUGAACACACGCGCAAUUUCUUGAAUAGCUGGACAAUUCCGCUAGGGGGAACGCAUACUCGUGAAUAGAGACUGGAAUGGGGAGGGGGAAUCCCGAACGCCAAUAAAACAGCUCCCGCAACACUGGCACUUCAGCCAGGGCACUACUUUUAACAGAACUGCGCGAAUUUAGCUGUGAACCUCUUCAGUUCUGAGGGAGGUCCUCGAUUCAUUCAGGACUAGUGUGGACCCAGCAAACACACAACGUUGUCUUAACGUUGACUCUCUAUAAAUGGAGUCUCACAGACACGGAGUGAGUGGCUCUUCUCCAGACUUCAGUAGAAUACAACAGGGCUACAACAUGCAGCAGCCUAGGCCUGGUCCCAGAGGCAGCCCUCGACCUCACAGCGACAGCAGCAGCAUGUUCGGGGUUAGGGUACAAGUUCAGGGAAUUGAGGGUCUUCCUUACGUUGUGUUGAACGGGGAUAGUAGAGCAGCUCUGCCAUCUGGUGGCCUGGAGAGCUACAGCAGGAACUGGGACCACCAGGAUGUGUUUGUCAAUGCCCACAGCCAGUCUGAGUACACCUUCAUGGUGAAUGAUGGGCGAUCUUCAUUCGGUACUCCCAAUGUGGAGCGCAAACCUCCCAACCACCAGAGGGAGUAUGCUCGUGGAGGUGCUCUGACUGAGGUUAAGGAAUCACAGAGGAUUCCGCUGGCGUCCGCUGCGUUCAUGUUCGACUUCCAGGAGUCACAGAGGACCGUGCCGACAUCUAACACGGUGUUGAACUUCCAGAGACACCCAGAGCUGCUGAAACCCUACAACCCAGACAGGAACAGCCUCAGCCCCGUCCUAGCCUCCACCCGAAGACUUUCUGUUCCGCCCAAUCAGACAGCCUCUGUACCUAGGCCGGGACAUCUCACCACAUCUCUCCAGAGUGGGGCAGAGGCCACCUUGAUCCAGGCAGCAGGGUCUAGACCAGGAGCAGCCAGGAUCCCUCUGACUGCUGGGGGUGUAGAGUGGGCCCCCACCCCUGUCUCGGCCACCAGCCAAACCCAAUGCCCAGGCCCUGCCCCUGUCUCAGCCCCCACCCAGACCCAAUGCCCAGGCCCUGCCCCUGUCUCGGCCCCAGCGCCCCACCACUCUUUGACUACCUUACUAAGCCCCCCAAACGAGGUCACCAACAUCCCCAGAAGAUCCCCAAACUCAGUGGACACAGAGCCCAUCUCCUCCAUAGGUAGCCUGAUCAACCAGUUCGACAGCCCCCAACAGAUGGGUCGAGCUGGGCCUAGGAGAGGGAGGAUAGCCCCUGAGGACCGGAGGAGAUCACGUAGCGUGGACAGCAGACAACAGUGUCACUCAUACCCAUUGGACCCCUCCAGCCCUGCCUCGGUCAUCGGAGGGGCCAGGGGAGACACUCCAGGCGGAUCCACCAGCGCCCCAGGGUCACCUAAGGUGAGAGGGGCCAACGGACCCUCCACCGUGAUGUUUAAUAGACUACAGUGGGAGGAGAAGGAGCCUAGCGGGAGGUCAUCCAGAGCGGUGAAUGUGCUGUACGGAGUGGAGGAGACCUCCAUGACCAGAUCCAGGUGUCUCAACCACACGGAGGAGGAGUCAGAGAGAGACAUUCAGAUCAUCACUCCAGAUCUUCUGGGAGGUCAGAGGGGUCAGCACGAGGUCUCAAUUGAACCACAACCAAAUGAAGAAACCGCCAAAAAGAUACUGUUCACUUACCUCAAUGAUGGGACUACUGACAAAACCUCAAUCACUGAGAAGAAGGUGAACCUGGUGUUUGACAGAAUCAACCAACUGAAGUGGAAGACUGCAGAGAACGUGGAGGAGGAGAUCAGGGACUAUGCUGCGAAGGCCAAGGAGGCGAAGGAGCUUCAGAUGACAGGAGCAGAGCUGGAGAGAGAGGUGUCACAGCUGAAGACACAGCUGGAGCAUAAGACCAUGAGUGGUCGGAGUCUGGCGGAGGUGUGUUACAAGGCCCAGACAGACAUGAAGACUAUUCAGGAGGAACUGGACAGGAGACAGGAAGAACUCUCUACGCUGCGGGAUAGGCUGGCUCAGAUGGAGGCGGAGCUCGAUGUCGCCAUAGAGGAGCUAGUCCGGGUGAAGACUGAGAGAGAGCAGGGCCGUACAGAGAUGAAGGACCUUCAGCAGCAGCUGUCUGAGAUGCACGAUGAGCUGGACCAGGCUAAGAACACAACACAGGCAGACGGCAAAGAGAAACAGCUCCUUCUAACGGAUCUGGCCCAGCUGCGUUUGGACUUCCAGGGGCUCAUUCAAGUGCAGGAGGAUCAGGAGGAGGUGCUACACUGGAGGGAGAGGGAGCUGACUGCCUUGAAGGGAGCCCUGAAUGAGGAGGUGGAGAGUCAUGACAAGGAGCUGGGCAUUAUGAAGGAGGUGCGCGACAAGGAGGUGCAGAAGCUCCGAGAGGAAGUUGAGGAGGUGAAAGAGAGUAACACAAUGCUGGGCCAGGAGAAGAGGGAGAUGGAGGAGGAGAGAGGGGAGACACGGGGCCAGGUGAAUCAGCUGAUGCAGGAGAGGGAGGAACUGAGGGGACAGGUGGAGGAACUGGAGAGUAGGGUGGAGCAGCUUAACCUCGUCAUCAAGGACUCCAAAACCCUGCAGAGACAGCUGGUGAAAUGCAUAGAGCAACUCAAGAGGGAGAAACGGCAGGUUGAGGAGACUCUAGAGGAGGUGAGGGAGAAGGAAGAGGAAAUGUCCCAGGCAAACAAAGCCCUUCUCGUACGUCUGGAGAAUGUACAGAGUGAGAUGACCCAGCUGAACCACCAGCACAGGGAGAUGAAGGAGAGGCUGAAGGAGGAGACGAGAAGAACAGAGGAGUUGAAGAGGAUGAAGAGUGAUCUGGACGAGGAGAGGAGACUGCAGAACAGCACUGUGGAGGAACUGCAGAAGGAGAUGAGUACUAUAGUAGAGGGCUGUGAGGUGUCCACUGAGAAGCUCCAGCUCCAGGUUGAUGAAGUCCGAGAGAAGAGCCACUCCGCGCUGUCUGAGCUCCAACAACAGCUGCAGGAAAAGGGAGUGGAGUUGGAGAAAUCCCGACAGACUACCAGAAAACUGCAGGAAGAGCUGCUUCCCCUGGAGCAGGGUCUGGAGCAGGGUCGUAUGGAGUGGGAGGAGGCCCAGCAGAGAGGCAGACAGCUGGAGAGGAAGGUGGAGGAGCUGGAGGAGAGGAACGCACACGCCCACGAGGACCACGCCCGACAGCUCAAACUCAUGGAGGGUGAGGUGAGCCAUCUGGAGCGUGAUCUGAGUGAGGAGAGGAACAGUGCAGAUCUCCUGAUGGACAGAGUGGACCAAUGGAAACAACAGAUGGAGCUGAUAAGAGUUGAGCUGCUGCAGGAGAGUGCAGUCAAACAGGACCUGGAGUGUGAAAAGAUCACUCUGGAGAGACAGAAUAAGGAUCUGAAGAGCAGGGUGUCUCAUCUCGAGGGCUCCCAGAGAUCCAACCAGGAUGUUGUGGUCUCCAGGCUGGAGGGAAGGGUCCAGGAGCUGGAGGGGAGGCUGGAGGGAGAGGAAAGAGACAACAUGAACCUGCAACAAGCCAACAGGAAACUAGAGAGAAAAGUGAAGGAGAUGACGAUACAGGUGGACGAUGAGCACAUAUCUAUGCAGAACCAGAAUGACCAGUUGAACCAGAGGCUGAAGAGUGUGAAGAGACAGAUGGAUGGGGCUGAGGAGGAGAUAGAGCGACUGGAAAACUCUAAGAGGAAGUUACAGAGAGAUCUGGAUGAACGGAUAGAGACCAAUGACCAGGUCCUCAGCCAGCUCAACACCCUGCGCUCAGAGAUGAGGCGUAAGCAACAGAAAUCAGCACCGCUCCAGAUGAUCCUUAAGGGUGUGGAUGAUGUCAACACUGACUGACUGACUUCUAGUAAUGCACUGACUACAGCGUGGUGGGGAAAAAAGGGUUGGUAAAGCACUGUGAGGACUUGGGAAUGAAAAGUACGACAGAAGUUUCUCAUUAACGAAAUUUCACCUGUACAACUCAACUGUGGGCUCACCUGGUGAUUUCAUAACCUUUUGCUCUAGACUGACCUCUAGUGGGUAUUCUAUAACUCCAGAAUUCCAUGGAGUUCCAGAAGAAAGAUCAC